CAGUCCAAGUUUUGAAAUACAGGAGAUGUCUUCUGCACACAUCGAGGAAGUGACUUCGGACCACUCUGACCACGAAGCCCAUGACCACCAAGAAGAGGACCCUACUUCUGCCGCCGCCCUUGAGAAGAUUCAGUCCCGUGCCGAAAGAAAAGCCAGAAAAGCGUUACUCAGUCUGGGCUUGAGAAGCGUUCCAAACAUCACUCGAGUCACUCUUCGACGACCCAAAAAUGUUCUCUUCGUGUGGAAUACCCCGGAGGUCUAUAAAUCGCCCAACAGCGAUUGCUAUAUUGUCUUCGGAGAGGCCAAGAUCGAGGACAUGAAUGCUCAAGCGCAGCUUUCGGCAGCACAACAGGCAGCGACUGGCGGUGCAGGUGCUACGAAUACGCAGCAAUCUAUCGGUGGGGAUGACGGCGACGACGACGCCAUUCCAGAGCUUCAAGCACCUGAUGAUGAUGGUCCUGUGGACGAAACUGGUGUUGAUCCAAAAGAUAUCGAUCUCGUAAUUGCCCAGGUCGGCUGCUCACGGGCGAAGGCCGUACGGGUUCUGAAGGAAAGUGGUGGUGAUUUAAUCAAUGCUAUCAUGGCUGCCAGCGAGUAGACGGCAGAUUGGUUCACCUUGUGAUUUUGUUGUUGUCCACGCAUUAUUCCUGCCACUAUAUAUAUCUGGAUGCAAG